AUGUCAACACAAGCUCCAACAUUUACACAGCCGCUUCAGAGCGUUGUGGCACUUGAGGGUAGUGCUGCAACGUUCGAGGCUCAAGUUAGUGGUAAUCCAGUUCCAGAGGUGAGCUGGUUUCGUGAUGGUCAGGUUCUUACUGCUGCCGCUCUGCCCGGCGCUCAGAUCUCGUUCAGCGAUGGCCGCGCUGUUCUGAUGAUCCCCGCCGUGACAGCCGCACACAGCGGAAGAUUUUCUGUCAGAGCCACCAAUGGCGCUGGACAAGCCACUAGCACAGCUGAACUGCUGGUUACAGCGGAAACUGCGCCACCAACCUUUAUUCAGAGACUACAGAGUGUGACCGUGAGACAAGGAAGCAAAGUGAGACUGGAUGUUCGAGUGACAGGAAUCCCUACACCUGUGGUGAAGUUCUACAGAGAGGGAGCUGAGAUUCAAAGCUCUGCUGACUUUCAGAUUGUUCAAGAAGGAGACCUUUACAGUUUGCUGAUCGCUGAAGCUUUCCCGGAAGAUUCAGGAACUUAUUCUGUCAAUGCAUCUAACAGCAGUGGACGUGCUAGCUCGACUGCCGAGCUUCUGGUUCAAGGUGAGGAGCUUGCAGUGCCUGCUAAGAAGACCAAGACUAUCGUGUCAGGCUCUCAGAUUUCACAGACUAGAGUUGAAAAGACAAUGGAGGCCUCUUUUGAGUCCACAGCCAUGAUGGAAAUGCAGAUAGAAGAUGGUGAUUUGGCUCACAAAGCACCUCCUCGUGUGCCACCAAAGCCGACACCAUCGGCGCCAAAGGUCACAGCUACUCGCCAUCAGUCCCCUUCCCCUGUGAGAUCUGUUAAAGCCCCCAGUCAGACACCUCACAGACCUGCUUCCCCUUCAAGACUGUCUGUGUCCCCAAUCAGACCAGUAAAGUCUCCAAUCACCACCAACAGACAAGUAUCACAGGGUGCUGAUGUUCUUCCUCCAUGGAAGCAGGAGGGUUAUGUGGGAGAGUCCAGUUAUACCAGCAUGACUACUGGCACCUCAUAUGUCCAGACCUCUUCUACAUUUUCCCACAAGGAGCAGCAAUGGGAAGGUUCUUUCACUUUGCAGCAACAAGCUGGCGGAGUCGCUGUUAAAGAGAUUGUUGAGACUGCAGCAAUCCCAUCCUACACAAAGGAGCAAGUGAUGCCACCAACUAUUGUGGCUGGAUUGAAGAACGUGACUGUCACUGAGGGAGANCACGUGCGUGUUUUCGGGAAGCACUGUGAACUGAACAGUUAUGGAUUUGAAGAGCUGUCAUACAUGGAGUUUCCCAGUCUGGACCCCAACAACAACUACAUCUACAUCAAGUUUGCCACGCUGAAGGAGAACGCUCUGCUCAUGUACCAACAUGACAAUCAGACUGGAGAUAAAGCCGAGUUUCUGGCGCUGGAGAUCUUAGAAGGUCGAGUGAGAUUCUCCUUUAAUCUGGGAAGCGGCUCAUAUAAGCUCAUGACGGGCGUCAGGGUUUCAGACGGACACUUUCACACCGUCAUCGCCAGACGUGCAGGGAUGGCGGCGUCUCUCACUGUUGAUCUGUGUGGAGAGGAACAGGAAGCUGGAUUCUGUGCCGUCAGUAAUGUGGCCGUUCACACAGACUGGAUUCUGGAUGUUCAGCCGAACCGCGUGUCUGUGGGAGGCGUGCGGUCCAUUGAAGCUCUUCUGCAUCGUAAAGGUCAGGUGGCCACGCAUGAUUUUGUUGGUUGCAUCAUGGAGUUUGCAGUCAACGGGCGACCUCUGGAGCCGUCUCAAGCGCUGUCUUCACACGGCGUCCUCGACAGAUGUCCCAGGUUAGAGGGUGCGUGUGUGUCUGAGCCCUGUCGACACGGCGCUACAUGUGUGGACAUGUGGUCAUGGAGAAAGUGUCAGUGCGCUGAAGGGUUCACCGGAGUCUCCUGUGAGAAAUGUGAGGGUUCACCAUCAUCAUCACCACAUUCACUUUAA